AACUGACAAUUGACAUAUGGAAAUGACAACUGAAUUCUGAAAAGAACAUUGGACUAAAAUGUGCAGAUAUUUAUAAAUUCUAAUUAGAUUAUUGGUGACUAUAAGCAUUGGAACAACGUAUUUUCUUCUAUAUUAUAUUAGAAGAUUAACCAAAAUGCAUAAAAUAUUGGAAUUCCAAGCCGUAAUUUUGGCGGCUGGACGAGGUUCUCGCAUGCCUGAUGUCGGUGGAUCCGUGUCGAAAUGCCUAUUACCGGUAGGACCGUAUCCUGUGCUCUGGUACUCAUUGAAUAUGCUGGAAAAAAUUGGUUUGCAAGAAACAAUGGUGGUUGUUCUUGAUGAAGAUAAAUCAAGUAUAUUGAAUGCAUUAGAGAAAUGUCCUAUAAAAAUCAAGUAUGAAUUGAUUGUCAUUCCUUCUGAAGAAGAUUGGGGUACCGUAAACUCUCUGAAACACAUAAGCAACAGAGUUACCACUGACUUGCUUGUAGUUUCUGGAGAUUUAAUAACAAACAUUAACCUUAAUGAUGUGUUAAACCUCCAUAGAAAGUAUGAUGCAACACUCACAAGUUUAUUCUUCAACAAUGGCCCUGAAGAAUGGAUAGAGCUGCCUGGACCUAAAACCAAAGCCAAGCCUGAUAGGGACUUAGUAUGCAUUGAUAAGGAAACUGAAAGGCUAGUCUUUCUAGCUAGCGCCAGUGACUUUGAGGAGCAAGUCACAAUACCGAGAUUGCUUGCAAAGAAAUUUAACACCCUUAGCAUGUACAGCAGACUGCUAGACGCUCAUGUAUAUGUUUUAAAAAAAUGGAUAGUGAAUUAUCUUGUAGAAACAGAUAAGUUUACUUCUGUAAAGGGAGAACUUAUACCGUACAUAGUAAAAAAGCAACUUUCAAAACCUAAAGAUGCAGUGGAUAAGAAGGGUACAUCUGAGAAAAAUGUAGAUAUUUCUCAAGAAUUGUUUGAUUUUGCUGUUGAAAGCGGUUAUGAGAGCAAAAUAAAAGAGAUGUCAUCCUACAAUGAUCAUAAGUUAGGCUCUAAGGGAGUGUUUUACAAUGACAUACUAAGAUGUUAUGCUUACAUUCCUGACAAAAAAACAUUUGGUAUUAGAGUAAACACCUUGUCAUCAUUUUUCUUGUCUAAUAAUAAGAUUCUCUCAAAAUGGGAGGAACUCACUGGAACACCACUAACAGAAAGGUUCCAUCCCAACAGUGAAGUGAAAACCAAACAAAUUGAUGAAAACAGUACUGUUGGAGAAAAAAGUGUGGUCAGUGAAAAAACCUCAAUUAAAAACACCUUUAUAGGUGCUAACUGUACUAUAGAAAACAAAGUGCGGUUAACAAAUUGCAUAUUGAUGAACAAUGUCACUGUGAAAGAAGGAUGUGUCCUACAAGACUGUGUGGUGUACACUGGUGCAACCGUGGACUCUGGAUGCUCCCUACAGCACUGUCUGAUUGGGCCACACCAUUUAGUACCAGCUUCAAGCUCAAGCAACCAUCAACUCUAUGCCGAGACCACUGAUAACAUGAUAACACUUGGAUGAUUAAAGUAUUCUUAUAAAACUCUUAAUUUAAAUAUAAACUUCAGGUUGAAACUUUAAUAUUGCCAGCCCAUGUUGGGAUUACAAUUAUAAAAUGAUUAAAUAAUUACAAAAGCAAUCUUGUUGAGAUCUUAACACAUCUUUAAUGCUUAAUUUUAAUAUUGUAUAUUGCAUAGAAGAUAGUUUCAAUGUAAAUAUUAUUUCCUAAGUGUGUAGUGGCCAGGCUCGUUUGUGGCUAUGAAGUGUUUGCAUAGGGUGAUCUUUUUAUAUAGUCAUAUUAAGAUGGCCAGACACCUCUAACAUUUACACAUAUAUAUAUAUAUAUUAUUAUUAUUAUAAUUGACUUUAUUUAUGCCCAUGCAUACCCGAUGACCUGACUACAAUUUUUAUAAAUAAAUAACAAAUACUUACCAUACCACUUUUCUAUACAUAUUUAAUUUCAUGGUCGUUAAAGAAGCACUGUAACACGGUUGUAAUACGUUGUUUGACUGAUGUAACCAAAUAAUAUUAAACUGCUCUAGGAGAACGAAUAGUGGGCAAUUAUAUAUUUAUCAAAAAAAAAUUUUGUUUUAAAUGUAUUGUAAAUAUUUUAUUUUCGUCAUUCAAAUUUUGAAUUUUUGAUCGGUAAUCCUCGGAGCCUAAAACGAAGCGAUGCCGGCAGCGAUUGCUAGUGACGUCAUCGCACAUAAACAUUACAAAAUGCAAAACAAGACAUUAACAGUAACGACUGCAUGAAACAUAAAACAACAGAUAGCAUGCACUCAUAACUUAGAAAAAA